AUGGUUCUAGGCGGUGGAGCACCUGCCCCAAGGGGAAGUGCCGCAGCUACUGCGAGCAUGCGAAGGAGGAGGACGACAAGUGGAGGUGCUUCAGGCGGUGCAGCAGGGACAAUGCUCCAGUUUUACACUGAUGAUGCCCCGGGACUCAAGAUCUCCCCGAAUGUUGUUCUCAUCAUGAGCAUUGGUUUCAUUGCCUUUGUUGCCGUUCUUCAUGUCAUGGGUAAGCUCUACUUUGUGCGCAGAGAGGCUUAG